AUGAAAAUGAAGUUGACGCAGAUCCUAUUAUCAGCCCUUGCAGCGGCGACAGUCAAUGCGCAGCAAGCAGCUUCCGUUACUGGUAUACAGGGUCUCGCAAAACGUCUGUUCAAGGGACAUGAUGCUCAAUUUGAAUUCCAGCUAACGCAGAAGCAUGAGAACUGGUCACGUUGGAAUACGCCAGGUAAUGAUAAUUACACAGUUUCGUCCAACAAUGGGAAGAUUCGCGUCCAAGGCACCACGCUGAGUGCCUUGGCACGAGCGCUGCGCCAUUACGCAAAAGAUGCCCUCAACAUGGACGAGCAUUGGUUUGUGGACGGCGUCUAUAACAUCCCGGAACAACUUCCUCUCCCUAAAGAGGUGCUUACUGGAGCUAGCACGGUACCGUGGCGCUAUAAUCUGAACACAGUCACUUUUGGUUACACGUUUGUCUGGUACUCCUGGUCUGACUGGGAGAAGCUACUUGACUGGGCUGCGCUGCGGGGUAUCAACCUGCAGCUCGCUUGGGUCGGUUACGAAAAGAUUUUCCUGGACAGUUUUCUCCAGCUUGGCAUGGAGGAAGACGAUAUUCUUGACUUUUUUAGCGGCGAGGCUUUCCAGCCAUGGAACCGCUUCGGGAAUAUUCACGGUACUUGGGGCGGCGAAGGCCGGCUCUCCGCUGAAUGGAUCAACCAGCAGUUUGCUUUACAGAAAAAGAUUGUCGCUCGUAUGGUAGAGCUUGGUAUUACGCCUGUACUUCCCGGAUUUCCUGGCUUCGUUCCCGCUGCACUAAAGAAGCUUCGCCCGGAUGUCAAUAUUGCGGAGGCGCCCGUUUGGGUUGAUGUCCCUAGGAACAAUACAGCAACUGCGUUCCUCAACCCGACCGACAAGACCUACGCCGAGCUUCAAAGCCUAUUCAUUAAAAAUCAGAUCAAGGAGUUUGGGAAUGUCACCAACGUCUACACAGUUGACCAAUUCAACGAGAUAAACCCUUCUUCUGGCGAUACAAAGUACAUCACCGAUGUCUCCUCUAGUACGUACAAGGGUAUUACUGCAGCAAACCCAGCCGCCAUCUGGCUCAUGCAGGGAUGGCUUUUCUACUCGAGUCAAAGCUUCUGGACGCAGCAGAGGGUAGACGCCUACCUCGCCGGGCCACCAGGGCAGGACGAUAUGAUCAUACUAGAUCUUUUCAGCGAAAGCCAACCUCAAUGGCAGAGAACGAGGAGCUAUUUCGGUCGCCCUUGGAUUUGGUGUGAGUUGCACGAUUUUGGCGGCAACCAAGCUUUACACGGAAAAAUUACCAAUGUUACCCAAAAUUCGGUCCAGGCUCUCAAAGAGUCUGGUUCGAUUGUUGGGUAUGGCCUGACUCCAGAGGGCUAUGAAGGCAAUGAGGUUGUGUAUGACAUACUGCUCGAUCAAGCGUGGGAAGGCUCUCCGAUUGAUACGGCAAAUUAUUUCCGUGCAUGGGCUAGGAACCGAUACUCUGCCGCAGGGAUUAUACCAGAGGAUGUCUUUACAGCCUGGGAGCAGCUUCGACAGCAUGCGUAUGACGUCCAAGACAAUGCUAUACCCUCCGUCGGUGUUUCUGUCUAUCAACUUUUCCCUUCUCUCAAGGGACUGGUAAACCGCACUGGCCACUAUCCACCGCCCACCGCCCUACAGUAUGACCCAAAAGUCAUGAAGAACAUCUGGCAUCUUUUUUACAAUUCCACCAUUGAUAGUCCAGGGCUCCUUCAGAUUCCUGCGUUUCACCUAGACUUUGUUGAUGUCACAAGACAGGUCUUAGGUAACGCCUUUAUCGACAUCUACACAGACCUUGUCAACCAAUUUCAAGCCACUGCGAAUGCCACGGUAAUCCAAGACUUGGGUAAUUCUAUGCUAUCCUUCAUAGAGGAUUUGGACAUGGCUCUCAACACCAACGAACAUUUCACGUUCAAAAAGUGGCUCAAUAGUGCUGAGUCUUGGGGGCAGAGUAUUGGUGCUCCCGAUGCAGUGGCUUUCAACGCUCGCAGCCAGGUCACCGUCUGGAGCACUGAGUCUCGUGCCCUUGAUGAUUACGCUGCAAAAGCUUGGUCCGGUAUUGUGAAAUCGUAUUAUGGUGAGCGGUGGAGAAUAUUCAUCAAUAGCCUUGUGAGCGCUAGGGAGCAAGGUACUGCCCUUGAUGAGACGGCUUUGAAUGACAAAAUUCGUCAUUUUGAGCUAUCUUGGCAGUACCGCGGAUAUAACCCAGAGGCUAGCGAUAAAGCCCAGGAUAUUGGAGGCGUCGCGAAAAUUCUGAUGAAGCGCUGGCCUGCUGCUUUUUCAUAA